AUGAGUUUGGAAAAGAAUUCAUUGAAAAUUGAAACAAUAGUGAAUCAAGAAAGUAGUGUCGACAAUUUAUCAGACCAAGAUGAUGUUAAGAAAGAAUCAAAAUGGCAAAGAUUUAUCAAAUUCAUAGAAGUUCAACCUAUGGGUGAUUUAACAACAUCACAAUUAUUUUUAUACAAUCAUGAUUUAAAACCUGUUGAAAAAGCUAGGAGAACUUGGAAAUGGUAUAAUUAUGUUUCAUUUUGGAUUGCAGAUUCAUUUAACAUUAAUACUUGGCAAAUAGCUGCGACGUAUUUUGCUGUUGGAGGUGGGUUUGGAUUAAUGAUUUGGGCACUUGUCAGAUCUCAUGGUUUGGGAGAUGUUUUAAACAGACCUAACGGUGUCCAAGGAUCAGCUCUUGCUUGGGCGUUUGUUCAAUCAACUUUAAAUGCAUUGUCAAAUUUUGCUACCUUAAUUAGCAAUUCACCCGACUUUCUGCGGUUUGCUUACAGUCAAAAUUCAUUUGCAAUGAAGUAUUUGGUGCAUACUAUAAGUAUUCCCGUUUGUUUUGGUAUCACAUCAUUGAUUGGAAUUUUGGUCACAGCCGCUGCCGAGCACGAAUAUGGGACAACAUAUUGGUCUCCAAUUGAUGUCAUGGCUAAAUACUUAGAAAGUUUUACACCUGGUAUCAGAGCUGCUAUUUUCUUCAUUGCACUUUCUUUCAUAGUAGCUCAAUUAGGUACCAAUAUAUCGGCCAAUUCCUUAUCGUUCUCCACAGACGUAUCGGCUGUGGCAGCAAGAUUUAUUAAUAUCAGAAGAGGGAGUUAUAUUUGUUUAGCUUUAGCUCUUCCAAUUUGUCCGUGGAAGCUUCUUUCAUCUUCAUCCACUUUUACUACUUACUUAUCAGCAUAUUCAGUUUUUCUUUCAUCAAUAAUUGGUGUCAUGGCUUGUGAUUAUUAUUAUGUUAGAAGAGGUUUUAUUAAUUUACCAGACUUAUACUCAUUAAGAUCACCUACUGACAAAUCAAAGUUAUCACUUUAUGCAUAUAACAAAUAUGGGGUCAAUUGGAGAGCAGUUGUUGCUUAUAUUUGUGGUAUAUUACCAAAUAUGGUUGGGUUUGUUGGAGCAACUGGCCAUAAAGUCCCAAUCGGUGCUACUUAUGUGUACAGAAUUAAUUUUUUUGCUGGUUUCUUUUCAUCAUUUAUAGUUUAUGCUGUAUUAUAUUAUCUAUUCCCAUUUGAUACAGGUAUUCCAAAGUUAAAACCAUUUGAAAAAGGUUGGUUUGAAGAAACUCAUGAUGUUGAAAAUUUUGAAGAAGAAGUAUUUGGUCAUGAACUUGUCGGAAUUGAAAGAUAUGAAAAUGAUGACGAAAUGAGUUUGUAUCAAAGGAAAGAAAAGGUUUGA